CUUAAGAGAAGGCUAAGGCUAUCUAGGUUAACGAACUAGGCAGAUUACCGGCUGGUGCUCGAAUGAUGACACGUUAGCUCAGCAAGCUGAUAGUCGCUGUACGCUGGACCGAAGUUGCAGGCCUACGCAACGGGGAAGGAGAUCAUAUUAAAGUUACAAUAGGACUGCGUGAGACACUGUGGAAGAGCGUGGAAGAGCUCGGGAACAUGGCGGAGGGACUCUCCCCCUCGGCGCCUGCAUGCGGUGGGAGCCAGGGCCCCGUGGAGCCCACAUGCGGGGUGUGCCAGGACGCCUGCCGGGUGCCCGUCAUGCUCUCCUGCUGGCACCCCUUCUGCCUGGGCUGCAUUGAACGCGUGUGGUGUCAGAACCCCGGCCUGGACCACGGCUGCCCCGUGUGCUUGCGGGUGCCCCUCUUGCAGGACGGCCCCCCCGGGGGAGGUGCUUGCGACACCCUGCCGGGGGUCCUGUGCGACUUCUGCCUGGGCGAGAGGCUCCCGGCUGCCAAGACGUGCCUGACCUGCCUGGCGUCCUUCUGCGAGGCCCACCUGCAGCCGCACCUGUCCGGCGAGGCCUUCCGCUGCCACCGGCUCACGGAGCCCAGCCAGGACCUGAGCGGCAGCUGCUGCGCUGAGCACGGCAAGCCCCUGGAGAUGUUCUGCAAGGACUGCAAGCUGUGCGUGUGCAACGUCUGCCCUAUCCUGGGCCGCCACCACGGACACCGCAUCAGCGUGGUGGAGCAGGAGGCCGUGACCAAACGGGACCUACUGAAGAUUUGCCUGAACAGGCUCAGCUGCAAGAACAAGCAGGAAAAUGGCAACAUUAAUCAGAUCCAAAAGGCUGCGGACGAACUGAAGGCCCUGGCACGGGAGACAGACGCCUGGCUGACGCUGCGCUUCACGGAGGUGCGCCUCCUGCUGGACGAGGAGGAGCACGCGGCCAAGGCCCUGGUGGAGGAGCAGACGCGGGCGGCGCUGGAGGUGUACGACGAACAGGUCCAGGCGUGCAGGGAGCGCGUGCGGGCCACCGAUGCCUUCGCAGAGGAGGCACAGAGGAUGUACAAGCUGGACAACAGCGUGCAGCUCCUCAAGGAUUUCACAAUGGCAGAGAAAGACAUACAGACUCACCAGCAGCCUGCUGACCACAUCCACCCGGUUCCCCUUAACUUUGAACAGUUGCACGGUUAUGUCUCCACCUUCCAAAAGGCUCUUAAAACCAUCCUGAAGAAACCACUGGUGCACCGUGUCAAAGACGGACUGACAAAUGGACCGGAUGUCAAACAAGUCCAGACGUUGAUGCACAGGACCAAAAGCACUGGAGACAAGUUGACUCUCCUCCGAUACGCAUGCUCGCCCAUCCUGGACCCGGACACGCUGCACCCCCGCCUGCGCCUCUCCGAGUCCAGAGAGACGGUGAGCAGGGGCUGGCUGAAGAGGUCCUACCCCGACGGCCCCCAGCGAUUCGACCGCCUGCUGCAGGUCCUGGGCCGGGAGUCCUACUUCGCCGGCCGCCGCUACUGGGAGGUGGACGUGCAGUGGGCGGGGAAAGGCUGGUGGGUGGGCGCGGCCUACCGCUCCAUGGGCCGCAAGGGCGACUCGGAGACGUCCCGGCUGGGCUGCAACAAGGCGUCCUGGUGCCUGAAGAGGUACGACCUGGAGUACUGGGCCUUCCACAACGGCACCCGCAUCCCCGUCCUGCUGGAGGACGACCCUGAGCGGCUGGGGGUGUUCCUGGACUACGAGGCCGGCACGCUCAGCUUCUUCGAUGCCCUGUGCGGAAUGAGGCACCUCUACACCUUCCAGGCCAAAUUCACCGAGCCCCUGUAUCCCGCUUUCCGCCUGUGGGAGGGGCCCAUCUCUCUCUGCAAGCUGACGUGAUCUCCCAGCAUGCCUUGCAAUUUUCCACAUCCCAGCAACUCAAGUGCGGUAUGGCUGUUGAACAUUAGGCAUGAGUUUUACAGAAAGGUUUCAAUGUUCAGGUACCAACAGGGUAUUGUGUGGUUUUAGGGUCAACUGAACCCAUGGCUGAAUGGAUAUGGUUAUACAUCUAAUAAUGGAUGUUCAUUUUAACAGACUGGGUACCCUGAUUGGUUGAUUUUUGCACCAAAUGGUUGCACCACUAAAACAUAUCCUCGCAGCAGUGCAUACAGAAGAAUGUGUGCUAUAUGAACAGUAUGUUCAAUGCAGUUUAAUCCACUGGAAGGUUUACAUGAGUGGAAAAUUACAUUGAAUGCCUAGAGUUUGCGUCUCCAACAAUUCAUACAGUGUAUAGAUAAAGGGGCAGAAUGACAUCAAUCAACAAUUUGGAUACUAGGGUUUGAAAAUUGAAUGAAAUGAAAAUCAAAUGGUCAAAUAUGAUGGAACUACUGUGGGAUGUAGCAAGUGGUUUUUUUCUUUCCCUUAUCUAUAUAGCAUACCAUUUGUACGUUAUCCAUUGGAUGCAUCUCUACCUACCACGUCUAUCCCUAUUUUCUAUUAGAAAAAGCUCUCUACACUAGUUUAGCACUUAACUCAACAUUUUACUGACCUCCUGUAGUACUCUUUGAUAACUACUCUUAGCAUUGUGAUGCACUUAUUUGGAACUCGCUCUGCGUAACAGCGUCUGCUAAAUGAGGUAACGCAAUAUAAUAUUUACCCAGGCAAUUUGGAGCAAUUACCACUCAGAACGGUACGACAGCAGUGCCCCAUUUGGCAAUCAACCUGGUAACCUGUUAUCUUUGGGAAACUGUGAGAAUUGGAAUUGGUUGUCUGACGUAAAUAUAAUCACCGCACGGAAUUAAAAUUCAUUGGGCGUUCCAUUUGCCACAGAGGAGGUAUGCUUUAGCCCUUUACUGUUGGAGGGAAGCAAUGAAAUGUAAUCAUUAUCAUCCCUGGAGGGUGUCAGCACUUUGCGCCACUAUCAGGACGAUGCAGACAUUCAGCACAAAAUGAUUCCAACUGCAUCUAAAUGUCUGAUAACAGAAGGUAAAUUACACUAACUCAUUAGCAUUUAGCAAUUUGUGUUUUGAAAGCAAACACCCUUCAAAGUUGUUUUCUAAUACUACCUGACAUGCUAACUGUUAACUUACACUAACAGUACAUCUAUACCCACAUCAAAGUUUUCUGUCCUUUGUAAUGUAUGCAGAAAUGAUGGCUUUAUUUACAGGCUCAUAUACUACAAAAAUAUAUUUUAAAUAAAUAUUA